AGACGAAGAAGAUGAAGAAGAAGAUGAAGAAGAAGAAGAAAGAGUAAAGUCAGAAAAGCAAGAGGUCAAGGAUAACAGUAAACAUUAGACAUUUCUUUUUUGAAAAAUAUUCGUCGGAAUUUUAAAAUAAAUGGUCGGUAUGCGGAGAUUGAACGUUUAUCUUUAUUUUUUUUUCUGCUCUUUCCAGGCAUUUCCCCUUCUUUUUUUCUUUUUCUUUUUUCAUAUUAUGAAUAGAUUAUUAAAGUUAUUAGUUGUAUCGUUUACCCUCUUUGCUGUUGUCAGUAGUCAGUUAGAUGAUCCAGUUGAACAAUUGGUAGAUGCGAAUAUUGCAUCUGUGGAUUCAUCUGUCAAUGAAUUAGAUCAUGACAAUACAAUCAAGAUUGAAAAAUCCUUUUUUCUAUCUCUGCUCAUGAUUAUUGUUUCUGAAAUUGGUGACAAGACCUUUUUAAUUGCUGCCAUUAUGGCCAUGAAGCACUCUCGCCUUGUUGUCUUUUCUGCUGCAUUUUCCUCAUUGGUCCUCAUGUCCGUUCUUUCAGCUUUCCUUGGUCAUGUUGUGCCUAAUCUCAUUCCUAAACAGUAUACUGAUAUCUGUGCCUCUAUUCUGUUCCUUUGUUUUGGCGUCCGUAUGUUUUAUGAAGCCUAUCAUUUAGAAAAAGGAGCUGAAAAUGAAGAGAUGGCAGAAGUAGAGGAAGAACUCAAGACAGUUGAAGAUCGUGAACGAUCUAGUAAGCUGGAAGAACUUGAAGUCGGCGGAUUGGAAGCUGCAGCUCAUGUUCCUAGCAGUAAAGCAGAGCAUGCCAAAGAAGGAUUGAUGAAUUUGAUGCAACUAGUAUUUUCACCUGUGUUUGUUCAAACCUUUGUCUUGACCUUUUUAGGUGAAUGGGGUGAUCGAUCUCAAAUUUCUACUAUUGCCUUGGCUGCUGCUAAUAACAUGUAUUAUGUUACCGCUGGUGUUGUUAUCGGACAUGGAAUGUGUACAGUAGUCGCAGUGAUUGGUGGUAGAAUGUUGGCUUCAAAAAUCUCUGUGAGAACAGUUACUUUUGCUGGCGCACUUCUUUUCAUUGCCUUUGGUGUCUUUUAUGGUGUUAAUGCUUAUCAUAAUUAUUGAUUCUUUUAUAUAUAGCACACACAAAAUAUACAUAUAACAUAUAUAUAUACAUUACAUAUGCCGCAUUAUUACUAAUCAUUACGCACACAUAUAUACACUUUUGUAACAAUGUAGCUUCAAUAAAUAACGAUAGACUCU